GGGUAUGAUGCACCUUGGCCUUUAUGAUGUACUCUUUUUGUGUGUGUGUAUUAUAUACUUGCUACAACAUGCAAUCGUUUUCUCAGUACUUUUUAUAUAGCUAAUUGAUUGGUGCAUUGGGCGUAGAAGUGUAAAAGUGUAGGUUAGUAUGGCGGAGAAUAGUGAUGACACUGGGCGAACGACAGCUACGGAUACUGACACCAGCACCCAUUUUCAAAAGGGUAUGGCUAUGUCUAACUCGGAGUAUGUGCGAUCAACUAUCAAGAAGGUGCAGCCGAUUAACAUUGAUGCUAUUGAGGGCGCAAGUCAGUAUAGCUGUUUAAAACUUUAUCGAGGGACAACAAAAGAACGGAAACUGAAUUUCGCAGCCACAAAGUUGAAAGUUGACGGUGACGUUUGUAACAAAGCUACCUGUGGGUAUUGCGACGGCACUAAAAUUUAAUCGCAAGAAUGCUAAUAAUACUGUAAUACACUAUGAGAAGAAGCACGCCAAACAAUGAUACGCCGACGUUAGUAAACUAGUAUCUAAAGGGGUCGAAAAAAAAGGCCAAGAAAGGCCAUCAGCAGAGUUGUAUUGGAAAUUUGGUUAAUGUAGCAAACAACCACAGCUGAGAUACACUGCCUCAACAAGGCUAGCUGAUUUAUACUGAGUUUUUUUGUAGCCAAGAACGAUCUUCCUUUCGAGUUGGGCAAAAAACCCGAGCUUAGACAAUGGAUUAAUGCCGCAAUGGCAGUACCAAUCAACGUUCAGUCACAAUAUAACCCCGCAACCCCUGAUGCAACACGAAAGUAUCUGCCUAUACUUGAGAAGGCGAUCAAAAGCAAUUCUAUUUCAAGGUGGUGAGAAGUUCUCAAGUUGUAAAUGACAUGCAACAAAUAGUAAUCUAUUUUCAUAGUUUGCUGGUACCAAAAGUCAACGCCCGUGAGAAUUAAAUUCGAGUUCAAGAAAAUGUGUUGAAUCGUAUGAGAGAUCAGUACCUUGAACAGCUGCAAGCCACACACCGGGCAUAUUUUCUUUCGCAGGAUUUGAAAAAGGAAAUAAAGAGAUUGAAAACACAAAAGUCGAAUCUGUACACUGUGAUAUCGCACAAAUCGUCUGAUAUGGCCGCUGUCAAGAAGGGUCUGAAAGAUACAAAGGAAGAGCUCGCUACCAUUGAGCCCACUAUCAUUUACAAGCUUCAUGACGAGGUGAAAUUUAAAACCGACAAUCUCACUUUUGUUCAGACCAAGGAUAGAGAUCAAUACAUCGAGCACCUGAAUAAUAUGAAAAUCAAGCUCUACAACUUUCUCGAAUCAAAGAUAUCGCAGAUGAGCAAGAAGACUAUCGAAAUCGUCGAAAUGGAUGAUUCGGAGGAGAUCGCGGUGACUCGCAAUGUUUUCAAGAGACGCCGAUGCAUUGACACUAUUGGUGAAUGAAUC